CACAAAGUGAAUCACACCCUUUCACACACACCACUGAACUUUGUUCACAACAAUGAACUUCAAGAGCUGUCCUGGUAGCUUGAACAGAUAGGAGCAUUUUUUUUUUUGGUUUUCAUUCCAGCUAACAAAGUGGUGGUUGGUACCUUUAGAACCGGACUUGAUUGGUGACUGAAGUGUUGUUUACCUAUCACUGCCUUAAAAUCACAAACCAGGUGAACCGUGCCUGACUCACAUGAGCACAGCUUUAAAAGUCAUCAGGUUUCAGUGAGCUCAGUGUGCAGUGACUUCAAGGCUCCUGCAGCUAAUACAAGUUUUCCCAAGUCAAGGGAAUGAAGAUGCGAGGCAAGGUGCUCUUUGUGUUUCUUCUGCAAAGCCUUUUUCUGACAACGGUGUCUCCAGAACCCUCCUCUGAGGAAGACAGCAGCAGUGAGAUCCACCACGAAGAGCAACGCAAAAGUGGAUCCCAUGGACACUGGAAAUACGAUGAUCAGGACACAUGGUCCUUAGACUUUAAAAACUGCAGUGGAAAAUCUCAGUCCCCCAUCAACAUUGACACCAGAGCAGCCAUAUUCACCCCAGCACUGCCUCCGAUUGUUCUGCAAGGAUAUGAUCUGUCAGAUGAAGAGAAACUGACUUUGCAAAACAACGGGCACACCUUGCAGUUGAGUCUGCCUGACACCAUGCGCAUUGUCAGGGGAUUCGACAACGUGUUUGUAGCCGCCCAGCUCCACUUCCACUGGGGCACCGUAAAGGUUCCAGGAUCAGAACACACUGUCGAUGGGCUCCACUUUCCUGCAGAGAUCCACGUGGUUCACUACAAUACUAAAUAUGACAGUUUGUCAGAAGCAGCUAGCAAAACCGAUGGCUUAGCUGUGCUUGGUGCUUUCAUAGAGAUUGGUCCACAAGAAAAUGCCAACUAUGAUAACAUCCUUUCAUCUUUGACUGAUGUCAGUAUUGAAGAAUCGGAUACAGAGAUUCCUGGCUUUAAUGUUAGGUUUCUGUUGCCACCCAAUCUGGACCACUUUUACCGCUACAAUGGGUCGCUCACCACUCCUCCGUGUUUUCAGACUGUUAAUUGGACUAUUUUUAAUGAAACCGUCAAAGUUUCAAGAAAACAGCUUUCAGAACUUGAGGACACACUGAAAGCCGGACAUGACACAGUACUAUCCAAGAACUUCAGAGCCUCCCAGUUACUGUAUGGGAGGAGAGUUCUGUCUUCCUUUGAGGAACUCAGCAGUCCUGGAGGGGUGAGCAGUGGGGGUACUGAAGACACUUCAAGUGGAAAAUCCUCAAAGCGAGGUGCCAGACUGGGAUCAGGUGAAGAUUCAUCUGAAAAAGACUUGACAGAUAAAGAUGAGGAAGAUGCAAAGUUUGCCUUGGGCCUAGGCGAGAUAUUAGCUAUUGUCUUCGGGGUUCUUUUUAUAGUGACAUUAUUAUCUUUUAUGAUGUACAUGGUUCAACAGCGAAAGAAAAACUCAAGAUUGAGAAAGGAUACCAGGCAGAAUGUUAUCUACACACCUGCAUCCAAGGAAGGGGUAUAACCUGAAGGAACCCAGUUUAAUAUUCAAUUCAUGUAUUUUGUGAUAAAUGUACAGUAGAUAAAGUAUGUGCCUGUAACGAUAAUGCAUUCAGUUUUACAUUCAGAAAAUCCACAAAUGAGGUCUAAAAGAUAGUCCAAAAUGUAACAACACUUUUCCCCAUAUAAACGUUAAUUCAAAAUCCACAUCCUAGACAAAAGAAAAAUAAACAGGGGAGUAAAACGUCAGUCAGUAGUUUAGGAGCCGAUGACUUUUUUUCAACUACAGAUCAAUCAAGCAAAACUAGUUUCAGCUUGUGGUCAUCUCUAAUUCUUCCACACAGCAAACAAACCCCCCUUUGUGGAAUCUUUGAAUGAUACUUAAUUCUGAUACUGAAGGAAUGUACCAUUUAUAUACUGCAGAUUGCAAUACCACUGAGAGAGAUGAUUGCAGAUUUUGUUUUGUAGUUUAAUUCAUACAAUAUAUUUUAUUUAUAUGUAUUUUUUACUGUACCAUAAUACUAUAUUUGUGAAUGGUGUCAGUCACAUAAUGUAAUGACUUUGUAUCUUUCGGAUGUAUAAAAACACUGAUAAUGUGUAAUACUGUGAAAUGUGUGUGUCCUGUUUAGUGAUGUAGUUGAGACCUAAUUUAAUAGGCAAGCUAAGUCACAUGACUCACAACUGUCUGAUUCAGUCAGUCGUCCUCAUGACGCAAUGAAAAGAGCAUUAGGAACUUCUUCUAUUACAGACUACUUCAUUAAGAAGGCUACAAAUGCAAGUGAAGACGACAGCAGCAGUGCAUCGACUUUGACUGUGGACACAAACACAAACAAAGCUACUUAAUCACUGACACGUAAAGCAUUCUGACAAGCGAAAGAAAGACACUUUGUGGAAAUACUCAUAAAAAUUAGAUAGCAUUACCUAUUAUAUGUAUUACUAGAAGUUCAGUAUACAAAUAAAAUGUGAAUUUGUAUAAUAA